UUUUCUGCUCCUGCAGAAAAUCCAGAAAAUCUCAACACUAAGAGCCUGAGAAGCCCUGUAUUAGCGUUAGUUUAUCCUCUCCCACCAAGUUGGGGUAGCCGGGUAGAGACAAGGGUCCAGAAGUGGUUUUCAACGAGGUUUAGCUCCGCCCCAGCCGCAGUUACGUCACCUUCCCCCAGUAAAUCCACAUUCCCGCGGUCGACGUGGUCCCCCGAGGGAGCGGCGGCGCAACUCAGGCCGGCUGGUCCUAGAUGAAGGACGUUCUAGCCGACCCCCUACUCGAUGGUAGGGCCCUCCGCAGUCCGGCCUCCGGGCGCCGCCAUGUUGGAGCCUCAGUACGGGAGCCAUGGCUGCGAGCGAACGGCCGGCAGCCGGACCCGGGCCAGCUCCGCUGAGCACAUGCUGGAGGUGCGGCCGGGGCUGUUCCUGGGUGGAGCUGCGGCAGUCGCGGAGCCGGACCACCUGAGAGAGGCGGGCAUCACGGCCGUGCUGACGGUGGACUCGGAGGAGCCCAACUUCAACACGGGGGCUGGGGUCGAGGGUCUACGGAGUCUCUUCGUGCCAGCGCUGGACAAACCCGAGACCGACCUGCUUAGCCAUCUGGACCGGUGCGUGGCCUUCCUCGGCCAGGCCCGCGCCGAGGGCCGCGCGGUGCUGGUGCAUUGUCACGCAGGGGUCAGUCGAAGUGUGGCUGUAAUGACUGCUUUUAUGAUGAAGACUGACCAACUUACCUUUGAAAAAGCCUAUGAAAACCUUAAGACUAUCAAACCAGAGGCUAAGAUGAAUGAGGGGUUUGAGUGGCAACUGAAAUUAUACCAGGCAAUGGGAUGUGAAGUAGAUACCUCUAGUGCAGUUUAUAAACAGUAUCGUUUACAAAAGGUUACAGAGAAGUAUCCAGAAUUGCAGAACUUACCUCAAGAACUCUUUGCUGUUGACCCAUCCGCCAUUACACAAGGAUUGAAAGAUGGGGUUCUCUACAAAUGUAGAAAGUGCAGGCGAUCUUUAUUUCGAAGUUCUAGCAUUUUGGAUCAUAAUGAAGGAAGUGGUCCUAUAGCCUUUGCCCACAAGAGAAUGACACCAUCCCUCAUGCUUACUACAGGGAGUCAGGCUCAGUGUACAUCUUAUUUCAUUGAACCUGUGCAGUGGAUGGAAUCCACUUUGUUGGGAGUGAUGGAUGGACAGCUUCUUUGCCCCAAAUGCAAUGCCAAGUUGGGUUCUUUCAACUGGUAUGGUGAACAGUGCUCAUGUGGUAGAUGGAUAACACCUGCUUUUCAAAUACAUAAGAACAGAGUGGAUGAAAUGAAAAUGCUGCCAGUUUGGGGAUCACAAACAAGAAAAAUAUAAACUUGCGACAUUUGAUAACUUGCUGAUGAUAUGUGCUACCCUUGCUUAUUGUCAUUCAUGGCAGAUUGUUUAGUUUUUAGGCCAUUAACAUUUCAUUUGAAAUAUGAGAAGAUAAAAAUCACUUGAUGUGACUUAGAAACUAUACUUUGUCAGCUUCUUACACUAUUUAAGUAGAAUGGAAAUCAAAACUUUUUAAUCAUGUAAAUUACACUUUAUUUGAUAUUAAGAUCUUCUAUAACCCAGAUACUUUCUUUAUUUCAUAUAUAUUUAAAAGUUGUGAUUUUUGGAAUGUUAGUUAUGUAAUCUUAAGGUCUAGAUGGACAAAAUUGUGUAUAAAAAUUAGAAACUCAUGUUUAAGUGACAUUCUUUUAUUUCUAGAAAUGUAAAGCAGAUUUGUUUGGACAUAUUUUGACAUUUCUCUUUCUCUCUUUUAAGGGACAUUAGUAAAGCUACAUUAGUCUGGGUUUUUCUUGGAAAUGUAGAAGAAAAGGACAUCAGUAAAACACUGACUAAAAUGUGGUUUUCCUAUGAUACUUUUUGAAGUAAUCUACUUAAAGAAAUGUAUUAAUGUUAGGUAUAUUUCUAAUGAUGAAGAAAAUUAAAUGUGGAGUAACUACAUUUCAAUCACCUUUUUUAGCCUGAUGUGUUGAGUAUUGGAAAAGGUAAUAUGUCCAGAUUAGCUUUUUAAUGUGAUCUCUGGAGACUGGAAUUUAUUUUACUCAUUGAUAAUAGUUAGAAUUAUACCUAAUUAGAUACUUGAACAUUUACAUGAAAUCAGAAUUAGCUAAUAAAGAGAAAUAUAGUCCAUGUUCUUAAUACGUUUUUCAUAUUUACACAUGUAAGUGUAUAUGUGCAUAAACACCACAAAGGGAGUUAUUUUAAAUGUGAAUCAUGAUCCUCUUUAAAAGUGUGGGAGUGUUAUAGAUGAUUCUUGAGAAUAUCUCAGCAUAGGACCUGAAGCCUUUGGCAGCUUUCGUAUAAUACAUUUUUCUUAGGAGAAAAAAUUUCUCCAUUUCUGUCUUAGCUUUCACAAUAUCUGUUUACUUCUUUACUUUGUAAUGUUAUACUCCAGAAAGCUUUUUAAAAACAUUUAGGUUGAACCAUAUGAAAUUGCCUCUUUGUAGGUGAAAAGUAAUUGAGUAGCAGUAGUUUUGUAUAUGGUUCAAGCUAAUACCUAUCCAUAACACUGUGGCAUCUAUCACAGAGAAAAUUACAUAGAUUUUAUUUGAAUUUAUAAUUGUUAAUUCAGUAAAUAUUUACUAAGCACCUUUUAUGUACACGAUUCUAGGUGAUACAUUGAACAAACUAGAUAAAACCUCUGCCUUGUAAUUUAUAUUCUAGCCAGGAGACAUUGACAAAAUAGUAUCUUUUUUGAAAGAUAAUUGGUAUUUGCCAAGGAGGAAUGAUUUGGGGAUACUUGACUUUUCUUUAUGUAAAUUUUGAAGUUUUGUGAAACAUCCACUAACAAGAUUUUCAGAUUUAAAGUCUUUUUAAUGUUUUAUUUUGGGAGUGGGGUAAAUCCAUUAUGCCUUUGUUCUCAAAAUAACAAAAAAGGAAUACUUUCUUUUUAAUAUUUAGGGAUAUCAAUGUAAAACAUUUGAAUUUACACAUUUGUUGAAAAUAGCAAUAUUAACCUUCAGAGGCAGUGUGGUACAGUGAAAACAGUACUGAAGUAGAAGUCAGCGAGUGGCUCUAAUAAUUCUGGCUCUACUGAUCACCAUCUUCCUGGAAGUGAGCAGGUCUUUUGAAAAUUGGGAGUCAUUUCUCAUCUUCACAAAAUGGGAUUAAUAUAUGUUCUGCUGUCCUGACAGGGUUGUUGAAAGAUCAUUUGCAUUAGCUUUAAUUUCUUUUUACAUAAAAUGGAGAUAACAGUAGUAUCUGGGUUAUUACAAGGAUUUUUGUGAUACACUGCAGAUAAAGAACUUAGUAUAGUGCCUAGCUAGUAGCAGUCAACAUUUUCCCUUAAAGGGACUUCCCUGGUGGUCCAGUGGUUAAGAAUCCACCUUCCAAUGCAGGGGAUGUGGGUUCAAUCUCUGAUUGGGGAACUAAGA